AUGAUAAUUGUUGAUGGCCUUCCCUUUUCCACAGACACUUCUGCAUCGCCUCAGGGACGGGAUAUCCUGGCUGCUUUAAUGGAACACCCUGCAUUGGUAUCUGCCUCAAAUUUGUUCAAGGCUAUACCAGAGAGGAGAUUCUCAGUACCUAAAGAGUCAGGUCCAGAGAAAACACCACCUAGUAAAUGGGUUUAUCUAUUCCAGAGAGAAUAUGCAACUGUUGAUCCUGCAUUGGUGGAUUUUGUUGGCACUGAUGAAGCAACAACCUGUGUCGGUGUUGCCAUUCGGAAUCCAGGAAAUGGAAUGACCUCAGUUGCUCAUAUGGAUUCUCCAAAAAUUGUGGACAUUGGUCUCUCCCAAAUGUUGUCACUCCUUGUUGACCACAAUAGUGAUAUGGAGUUUGAUGUGCAUCUGGUUGGUGGCUUUGAAGAUGUUUCACCUAAUCAUGGUAACUGCAACACAAGAUCAGAAAGUCAGGAAAAGUUGGCUGGUUAUUCCUUUCCUUUAUGUGCCAAAAUUGUUGAAACUCUAUGGAAUAGACAGGAAAAGUUUCACAUCCGAACUCUCUUCAUUCUUGGGCAUAACACUAGAAGGGAUCUUGAGGGAAAUGCAUACCCUAUUUUCAAUGGGUUCAUGGUAGGAACUUCAACCGGAUCUAUUACUCCAGCCACCUUUGACAGAACCUCAAGAUGCCCUGAUGAAAUUGUCAGGAGAAUUCGAGUUUCUGCAUCAUACGAGGACUCCAGUUGGAAAGGCAAGUUAAUGGAAACAUAUGAUACUCAAACUGACCAAUUCAAAAUAGCUCCAUGCUGCUGGACCCUACGUCAACUACGUAUUUCCUUGUCACUACAAGGUUAUUCUGAUUCAGAAAUCCUCCUUAUGUGUUCUACUUCUCCUUCUGCUGAGGGCCCAGAUUUUGUGGAAAAUAUGAGAAGGCAGUGGGAAUACCUGAUUGAACACCCAGAUUGGAGAGAAACCUUUCCUAUGAAGCAGCCACGCAUAUUUGAGAGAAAUGCUGAAAGAGGCUGGAGAAGGCAAAAGGCGCUGAUACCAUAG